CUGGUUGGUUUAGAUUGUUUUCACACUGUUCUUCUGCUUCUUUUACUGAGCUGCAUAUUUGAGAAGAAGAGGGGAUUUAUGUGCUUGUUUGUGUUGUUUUUAUGUUUCCAAUCUUCAUGUUGUGAAUAUGAAGAAUGGUGCGUCUUGCUUGUUCGAAACGAAGGUUGAUUUUGGUGUAGUCGUGCCUAAGGGAAUAUCGGUAGAAGUAGAUUCGUUCUUCUCGAUCUAUAAGAAACACCUCUUGUUCCCGUUUAGUCACCUUUCGUCCAUCUUCUGGUUGUGAAUAUGAAGAAUGGUGAUUCUUGCUUGUUUGAAACGAAGGUUGAUUUUUGUGUGGUCGUGUCGAAGGGAAUAUUGGAAGAAAUCUCGAGUCCAAUCAACGCUCAAAUAUAUGAUUUUUGUGAUUCCGAGUUGUUCUCAGAGAUGCUUCAAAACUCCGAGGAGUUCAAUUCUUACUCGAAUUGUUAUUACGACAAUAAUUCAUCAUAUGCUACAAAUCUGCCUCAUUCCCCAGAUCAAGCAGAUAACAAUGGCAAUGAAAAUGGCAACACAGUCGUCGCUGCUCCAUCGUUCGUACCGGCUAACGAUGCAUCGGCUACGACGAACAUUACGACCAACAGUAAUUUGACUACUAUCUUUGAUUGCCAAGAAGAACUUGACAAUGAUAUCUCUGCUUCCAUAGACUUCUCUCCAUCGGAUUCGUUUUCGAUCGCUCAAUAUCUCACCAUCCAGUCGGGGCAGUUCGACGUUUCUCAAGUGCAGUCUCAGAUGCCAUUACUAGAUCCCAUGAUUGAUGGGCUUCUCCAGUGUCCUAUGGCUCCUGGAACUCUCAUCGACGAAGAACUACCUUCGAUUUACGUCGACGAUUGUUUGUCUUCCUUCACUUCCUACAUGCCAUUGAAUCCUUCCUCCCCUUCGUGCUCGUUCGUCGGAGCAACCAUGCCAACUUACCUGCCUACGCCACCAAUGAACCUCACUGCAUCGUCGUCGUCGGUCGAAAAUUGCGGUAUGUUCCCGCUCCUCAGCGCAGAAUUGCAACCACAAGACCUUGACUAUCAAGGAGACAACUGUGGACUCUACAGCCAAGACUAUAUGCAGGGGACUUUCAAUCCAGCAGACCUUCAGAAGGUACUCAGCGAUGAGAAUCUCCAACUGGCUGCUGGGGCAAUGAACUGCACUUCAUUAGCAUCAGAUCUCUCAAGCUUGAAGGACAGUACUUUCAAAGUUGGCAAACUCUCUGUGGAAGAGAGGAAGCAGAAGAUUCAUAGGUACAUGAAGAAAAGAAAUGAGAGGAACUUCAGCAAGAAAAUCAAGUACGCCUGCCGAAAAACGCUAGCAGAUAGCCGCCCACGGGUUCGGGGACGGUUCGCCAAGAACGACGAAUUGACAGAGACUCACAGGGUUGCUUGUAGCAUCCAUGAAGGAGAAGAAGAAGAAGAGGUAAAGCUUCUCUCUAAGCCAACUUUUCAAAAAUCUCGGUUAGGAAUCUCGACUCUCUACAAUGGUAGUUGUGAAGGAAGAAGAUAGCAUGGUUGAUUCUUCAGACAUAUUUGCUCAUAUCAGUGGAGUGAACUCGUUGAAACGCAGCUAUCCAAUCCAGUCUUGGAUUUGA